AUUCACAUGGGUACAUAUGAUAUAUAAGACAGCUCCAUCAUAUUAUCCUCAAUCAUUACACACAGUGCCACGGUACUCAGUCGAACACUGUACAAUUUUGCACACGGACGAACAACCACAAACCACCAAAAUGCAGGUCGCGUUAGUCUUCUCAUCGUUGCUGUUGGCCGUUGCCGUCAACGCCUACCCCGCCCAAGGUCCCGAAUCUAAGGCCACCAUCCUGCGUCAAGAACAAGAAGUCAACUUCGACGGAAACUUCAAGAACAAAUUCGAAACCGAUAACGGCAUCAAACAAGAAGAAGUCGGUUACGCAAAAGCUGGACCCGAAGGCCCCAUCUCAAUUGUCCAGGGAGCAAAUUCCUACCAAGCCCCCGAUGGUUCAAUCAUCUCACUCGGUUACACCGCUGACGAGUUCGGUUACCAUCCAUACGGCGCCCAUUUGCCGACUUCACCACCAAUCCCAGCUGAGAUCCAAGAGUCUCUCAAAUUAUUGGCUUCUCUGCCCAGCACACCCGAACCCCAGUACCAGUGAACGUCUCCUGAGAACAGCCCCGCUCUUUUCGUCCUACAUUAAUGUUAUAUAAACUUUUUCAACUAUACUAUCAUUCUUCGUCUCACCCUUUCCAUUUUACAUGACGCUCUGCAUCGGAUCGUCAUUGUAUAUUGUGCACUGCACCCACGCCAUUCGUUGUACAUUAAUUAUUGUUAUGUCUUAUAUUGCUGUGUAUAAUUAUAUUAUAUUACUACCCAUUUACUACCGUCUCUUUGCAGACAUUAACGUAC